AUGGCCGCGCUGCGCGGCAAGCCCGGCGGCUAUGGCAGCGCGGUGGAGGUGGAGGCCCGCGGCGGGGGCGGCACCUCCAGCAGCGGCGGCGGCGCCCCGCUGGGCACCACCCGCAACCGCACCGACCUCUUCCUCAAAUACCGCCGCCAGGCGCGGGGCGGCAGCCGCCCGCUGGCACCAACAGCGGACAUAGCAGGAGAGAGCCUGGAGACGGCACGGCUCAUGGCGUCGGCACUGGGCGGCGGCCUGGACAGCGCCGAGGCGGGGCUAGCAGGCGUGGCCGCCGCGCUGCCGCCGCAGUAUGUCGAGUUCAAGGAGCAGAUCCGGCUCGAGAUGCUGGGAAUCAAGCAGAAGAUGGGCGAGCUGCGGGCGCUGCACGGCAAGGCCACGCUCAGCAGGUUUGACGACACAAACGACGACGAGGUGCAGGUGGAGGUGCUGACCCAGCAGAUCACGCGCAUGUUCCGCAAGUGCGAGGCGCGGCUGCAGCAGUUUGGCACGGAGCCCAGCGCCAGCGAGGCCGACGACAAGGUCAAGCGCAAUGUGCAGCGCACGCUGGCGGUAGAGCUGCAGCGGCUCUCCAUACAGUUCCGCAAGCAGCAGAAGGCUUACCUGAACCGGCUACGCAGCAAGGACGGCGGCGGGGGCGCCGGCGGGGGCGGCAGCGGCGGGCUCAACCUGUUGGAAGAUGGGUCCAGGGGGCGGCAGGAUGAUGACUACGACCCCGGCUUCUCAGACAUGCAGGCAUGCUGGGGCGGGGAGCAGGCAGGGCAGCGGAAGAGCAGAUCCUGCAGCUGCAGGCGCUGCUCCUGGGCGCCGGCGCCCGGCCUCAUGUGUUUCUACCCUCACCGGGCCCUCAAGGUCGACACCAUGACCAGCCUGAUUGAUGAGCGUGACCGCGAGGUGCACAACAUUGUGGCCUCCAUCAACGAGCUGGCGCAGAUCAUGAAGGACCUGAACGUGCUGGUGAUCGACCAGGGCACCAUCCUGGACCGAAUAGACUACAACAUGGAGCAGACGUCGAUGAAGGUGGAGGAGGGGGUGCGGCAGCUGGAGAAGGCGGAGCGCAAGCAGAAGCAGAGCCGCAUGGUGCUGUGCAUCAUGAUGCUGCUGGUGGCGGUGGUUGUCAUGCUGCUGCUGGUGGUCUUUAAGGCCAUAUUUCUCUGAGGGAGAAGGCUGCCCACCCUGCCACCAUGUAACGCACGCACCUGAU